AAUUAAAAUCUCUGGGCGCCAUUAGUCUCAAUUGUUUCGAAUCUCAGGUAUUCGGUAAGGCGUUUGUUCGAGCGUGAUUCUGGAACCAUUACUAUAAGUGCGCCUGCGCGGUGAUUGCUCACAGCUUGUGAAAAAAAGGAAUAAAUAAAUAAAUAAAUAGAGAAAAAUAUCACCCAAUGAAAUGGCUUUAUUGGCUUGCUAUUCGUAAGUGAAGGCUGACUGUGACUGAGUGACUGUCCGCCAUGAUGCAUUUCUCGAUUACUCUCUCCGAUGGUCCUGUUAUGACUGUGUUCAUUCACUUACUAUGGAGGUCCCGAACAAAGCUUGUGCGAGAUACAAUCUUCUUGAAUCCUGAAGGACCAACAGACCUUGAAAAAUACACAUUCAGCAAUGCCCUGUCCUUGUCAGUGCAACUUGGCAUCUGGGAAGCAGCACUUGAUCAGUACAUUGACAACAUUGAAUAUGUUUCAGAGGAGCUUAGCAAAACAGGCCGGGUGGUUCUGAGUCAAGACCAAGUACUGCAGAGGAUGGGUCAACUCUUUGCUCUGAGGCACCUGGUGAAUCUCAGCUCAGAUUUACUUGAUGUUCCUGACUUUUAUUGGGAACAUGAGAACCUUGAACAACUGUACAGAAAAACAUCAGAACACCUCAGUGUGUCCAAGCGUACCUCGGUGAUGAAUGUGAAGCUGAGUCACUGUGUGGAGUUGAUGGAACUCCUAAAAAGUCACCUCAAUGAGCGACACUCGGCCCGCCUCGAGUGGAUCAUCAUCAUCCUCAUCAUGGUGGAGGUGGGCUUUGAACUCCUCCACUUCAUUGAGCGUCUCCUCUGAGAUUGUGAGAUGGAACACGAGGAAGAGGAAGACUGUAAGACUAUUGAGCAAAAGAAGGAUAACACCAAAAGAUGGUUGUGGUACACAAAAUCUUUGAAGGUAAAUUUCAUAAAUGUUAUUGGUAUGUAAGUUGCUGCAAAUCAGAGAAUGGUCAGUUGAGGUAAAAUAGAUUCAUUAAAGGUACUUGAAUUAAUAUAUUUAUUUACUUUUUGUAGUUAUUUGUUUUCAUAUUCAUUUGCUAACAUUUUCUUCUAGUGUCUUUGUAUAUAAUGGCUCAUGCUAAUUGGUAUUGUUCUAGAAAAUUCAGUUAAUUGCUUUUGUUUGAUUUAGUAUUUCAGAUUAAUCAAUAUCUGUUUGGGUUAAAAUCAAGUAAAGGUUAAAUUUGACACUAAGAGAAUAAGUAGUAGAAUCUCUCAACAGAAAUUCAUUUAAUUCAUGCAAACUGUAUUGCAGAUAGCAUACUUUCAGUAUCCUUAAAUAAUAUGCAGGAGAUAAAUCCACCAAGUCCUCAUUCUUAAUACUUCUAUGCCUAUCAUAAAAACAUUGAAAUGUAUGUGAUAAGCCAGCUCUACUUGUACAAUGAAAUUUUCAUUGUGAAUGUAGCAUACGACAAAUAAUUCAAUAUUGACGGUGUGCUUGAAGUAACAUCCAUAUGGAAUACAUAGAAAUUUUGUUCAGAAACUCUAAAUUCCCCAAACUAAGAUUGAACAUCCCCAUGUCCCCAUCAUUGCCUUGAUAUUCCUAAGUUCAGGCAACACUGACAGCACUGCUGGUGAAGCAGUAAGAGGGAACAAGUGGGGCAGCUCAAGUGCUGAGGUAGUUCAUUCAUGUUUGGAGGAAAAUUUAUGUUCAUCACUAAAAAUGUACUAUAUGUAUGUGAUUCAGAUUCAGAAAAGUUAACAUUCAGAGGUUCAAAAGUGCUUAUAAAAACAGUGUUGUGCAGUAAAUCAAAAUUGAAAAUUAAUUGGCCAAACUAAUUAAGGAAGCUUUAUGAGUUUCCCCAAAGUGCUGAGUGGAGAUGUAUCAGUUUCCUCAUCCACAGAACAUUUGCUUGGUUGUUAACAUCUGCAUUUGCAUUCACAUCCCCAGCUCUGAUGAAUUAAACAUCCAUAUCUGCAUCCACAAUCCACAUUUGUGAUGAAAUUGAUAUCCAUAUCUGGUGGAUACAUUUUGAACAUUAAAGGGUACAGAGAAGAGAGGUCACAAAGUUGAAGAAAAUUGAUUAAUGUUUAUGUAAUUAUCUUCUGAAAUUACAUUAUUUAUUCA